AUGCUGGCAAAGCUUCCGUCCGUGGCCGUGAUACUGGCCUCUCUCGUCACCACCGCCGUUUCUCAGAACGUCGACCCGAUCGUUAUCAAGGGUUCCAAGUUCUUCUACAAGACCAAUGGCACUCAGUUGUGAGUUCUCACAUGUGCUGCCAAGAUUUGCAUUGGGCAGAGACUGACUGAGUCCAGCUACAUCAAAGGCAUUGCUUAUCAGCAAGACUUCACAUCCGAUGGGGACUCAGCCAGUGGCAAUACCUCUUCAACGGGCUACACUGAUCCUCUUGCCGAUUCAGCUGGCUGUCGAAGAGACAUCCCAUACCUGACUCAGCUUCAGACCAACACUAUCCGUGUCUACGCUAUUGAUCCUACAAAGGACCACACAGAUUGCAUGACCCAGAUGGCAAAUGCAGGAAUUUACGUUCUCGCAGAUCUGGGAUCGCCGCAAAUGUCCAUCAACCAGGAUGACCCUCAGUGGAACACAGCCCUCUACCAGCGUUACACGAGCGUUGUUGAUGCUAUGGCCAACUUCCAAAACACCCUUGGCUUUUUCGCCGGAAACGAAAUCAUUACGCAGUCUAACAACUCCGACUCUGCUCCAUUUGCCAAGGCUGCAGUCCGAGACAUGAAGGCCUACAUCAAGCAGAAGAACUAUCGCCCUAUGGGAGUUGGUUAUGCCACCAACGACAAUCCGGACAUUCGGGUGCCAUUGGCCGACUACAUGAACUGUGGUAGCGACCAGUCCAGCGCUGUCGAUUUCUGGGGUUACAACGUCUACUCGUGGUGCGGCGAUGCUACCUUCCAGAGCUCUGGAUACGACACUCGAGUAGCUCAGUUUUCAUCCUACUCUGUCCCGGUGUUCUUCGCCGAGUAUGGCUGCAACCAAGUAGAGCCUCGUACAUUCCAGGAGACUCCUGUGUUGUAUGGACCUCAGAUGGACGGCGUUUUCUCUGGAGGUAUUGUAUACCUCUACUUCCAAGAAACCAACAAUUACGGUAAGCCUUUCCCGAAUGGAACGUGCCAUGUCCGAGCUCUGCUAACAAUGCCAUGCUAGGACUUGUCUCAGUCAGCGGCAAUUCAGUUUCGACCCUCCAGGACUUCAGCAACUUGAAGACCGCCAUUGCAUCUGCAUCUCCAACUCAAGUGCAAUCUGCAUCCUACAAUCCUACCAAUUCUCCUCAAGCCUGCCCGAGCCAGAACGCCACUUUCAACGCCCGCGCGUCUCCGCUUCCACCAACGCCCGACACCGGCCUCUGCGACUGCAUGUACCAAUCUCUUGGCUGCGUCGCCUCCCCAAGCGUCAAUCAGAGCAGCUACGGCGAUCUCUUCGGCUACGUCUGCGGUCUCUCUGGCAACCUCUGCAACGGAAUCACUGCCAAUGGUACCACCGGUACUUAUGGUCAGUACUCUGGCUGCAAUUCUACCGAGCAGCUUGGUUAUGUCCUCGAUCAGUACUACCAGAAACAAGGCAAGAGCGCGAGCGCAUGUAGCUUCUCUGGCUCCGCGAUGACAAAGGCUGCUACUGCUACCGCGAGUGGAUGUGCUGCGAGAUUGAGCUCUGCGAGUGCAGCUGCUGGCAGUGGUGGUUCAGGUGCUGCGGCUACAAGCAGCAAGGGCGCCGCACCAAUCACGAAGGUUGCUGGAUUCGAUCUUGGCCUGGUCUGGGCUGGCUUGAUUUUACAGAUCGCCCUCAUUUCAGGUAUUGGAAUGAUCUUGUUGUAGGGGAGCACCGAGUUUGCAUGGGGUAGAUUCUUGGAGAGCCAGUACAAAGUGGAAAAGUCUCAGGAGAGACUUGAGGAGGACGAUGAUUGCGGAGAGAGGUGUCACUCGUGUGACUUGUAUUCUUUCAGGAAGAUAUAAUGUUUGAUGAAUGAUGAGUUUGAUCUGGAGCCGGUGUUUCAUUCACUGUGCCACGAUUUUGGGGACCAGGGUGAGCAUUCGUCGGGUGAAUCGCGGGUUUGGCUAGUCUACGUCGCUGCUGCUGUCACAUGCGUGCACGUACGGCGUUUUCCGCUGGCGAUCACAUGCUGCGGACUUACUGGCCCCACAUCCGAGAAGAUAUAUCUACUUCGAACGAAACCCUGACACCAAGACUUCCUUAUCUUUCUGCAUCACACUCACUCGACAGAGCCGCACCGCCAUCUCGAGAAAAGCAGCACUGGAGUCGGCCGCGAUGGAAAAGGAGGGCAGAGUCAUCAUCGCGGCAAUUCGCGAAUUUGCACGUCAGCGCUUGCGGCCCAAAUUUCCAUACCUGCCGCAGCCUGAACUCGACAAGAUUCUCGACAAGAUCUCAGACUUGCAAGUUGACUUUCUGAACUCGUAAGAUUCGCUCUGUACAAAUGCCAAGACUUCGGCAUUAACUGACACGGGAAAUUCUUAGAAUUCCAGCGAUCGAGGCAUCAAAGGCUCGCAGCAACUUCUUCUCUCUACCCGCCGAGCUGCGGAAUAACAUCUACGAGCUGGCUCUACUCAAGAAUUUCGACGCACGUGAGGGCCAGGGUAUCACGCAGCCUGCAAUUCGACUCUUCGCUACAAGCCGUCUGCGUUAUCUGCGGGAGACGAACCCCCCUCUCCUCCUGACAUGCAAGCAGAUACGAGAGGAAGCUUUGCCAGUCUACUACUCCAACAUCUUUGUCGUCCAGCACAGAGUUCCUGAUCGCAGCUGGGACUCCGGCCCGGUCCGUAUCAACUUCGCGAACACAAGGCAGAAGCUCGCAAAAUGGCUCUCAUCCAUCGGCUUGCAGAAUGCCUCGAAGGUCAAAGAGCUACUACUCCGCGCGCACAUUUGUACGCGACCGCGUUGGGCUCUCGACGACGACGCGCGACGGCAUUACGAUACUCUCGAUCUGGGAGACCUCAGCCUGGAAGUCAAGCUGCCACAAUACACUAAGAGGAUCGUCUACGACGUACUUGAGCUGGAGAAGCUCGGAGUUCCAAUGGAGCGUUUCAAGCUUCAUUUCCAAGGGGAACUGAAGGAUGGAGGUAAGGCUGGUUGGUGCGAAUUGCUGGAGAAUGGAAGUGUGCGGAAGCUGGAACUCAAGGCAUAA